AUGCAUGCUGUGAAUGGACUUCUGUUGAUAUCAGUGGGACUGUCUUAUGGUAAGCAAAAUCACUUAUGUAGUAUCACAAAGAUACAUUUGAAUUGUAUCUCCAUCUUAUCACUAAAAUCAGUAAUGAACAAUCUCUCUUUUCAAAGUAAAUUUGUUCAAUGUUUGCUUGUAAAAUGAUCAGUUUGUUCACAAAGUGAAUAAGUGAAAGUAUGAAAGAGGUUCAGUUGAGUAAGUUGUACUUUUCUUAAAAACUGCCCUUUUUCUCUCUUCGCAGGAUUGGAGACCUCCUGUGAUGCCAGAAAGGAUGGAGCUCAGUGUUAUGGAGCUCUGGGAGGAACUGUCUAUCUCCAGUUGAUCAUCAACGCCAGUGGACAUGAGCUUGAAUUCAAGAACAACAUCACAGGGACAAACGUUUUCAAAUUAGAAAACGGCAAAGUCACAACAAACCCCCCUUUAAAACACAGAGCAGUGUUCUAUGUGGAAGAUGGGAUGUUGAUGCUCAGUAACACAGAGAAGGCUGAUUAUGGGAAAUAUUACUUAAACAUUUACAACUUAGAGGGGACGCUUCUGAACACAACACAAUUAGACCUACUCCUGGUUACUGAAGGUAUAGAACUUUGAAACACUUUACUUGGAUAGUCGCCAAUAUAUGUCAACUAUGUUAACUAACUAACUAUCCACUAACUCUAACUAACCCUAGCCCCAACCUUAACCAUUACCUAACAUUCAUGACUGUUUUAGAGAGUGAAAUAAUAGCUGUCUUUACUCAUUCCUCGACAGCCCCAGUGUCCCCUCCUCAGCUGUCCUCUGAGUGCCUGUCCCAUGGAGAGAUGAGGGUGACCUGCUCCUUUGAGGGGGACAGUCCCCAGUACAGCUGGACUCUGGACGGACAGACACUGAAUGGAAUGGAGGCUUUUCUCAGUGACAUGACAGACACCGUCAUUCUGAAGAAGGGUGUAGUGGGGACUCUCGCUUGUACAGUGAAAAACCAUAUCAGCAAUGUUACCAUCACUCAAGAAAUCUCCUUAUGUAGGCCUACUGGUAAGUGUCUUAAAUGUAGCGCUUUGUUACUAAUAAUAUGUAUUUUAUAUAUAACAUUAUACAUUAUCUUAUAUAGCUUGUAUCUAAUGUCUCCCUUCCUUCCCCCAGGACCAUGGGUCAAUGUGUUUGUUUAUUUCCAACUUGCUGAGGUCUUCUUUCUGCUGACAGUCUGUCUGGGAUCAUACUGUUUCUACAAGAAGAAAACCUGUCCUCAAGCACAAGGUCAAUAAACAUGUACCAUUGUUCCUAUAUAGCCCAUACCAUUGACUCUGCUGAAUGUGUAACCGUUGGUCUCUUACUUUCCCUUUACUAUGUAUCAUUCUAUCUUGGUCUCUUACUUUCCCUUUACUAUGUAUCAUUCUCUUUCUCGUGCUGCUCUCUCUAUAUCUCAUUCUCUCUCUAGAUAUAUAUCUCGCUAUAUCUCGCUCUUCUUCUCUAGCUCUAGUCGGUCUCUAUCUCAUCUCUCAGAUCUUCGCUCUCUCUCUCUCUCUCUCUCUCUAUUCUCUCUCUCUCUCUCCUAUCUCUUCUCUCUCUCUCUCUCUCUCUCUGCUCUCUCUCUCUCUCUCUCUCUCUCUCUCUCCCCACAGAUGAUGAUGAAUAAGCAAAGAGUGCUUACUCAGGAUACACAAAAUAAGAGGUUUACUGUUCCAGAGGUUUAGAGGAAGAAGUGGAUGUCGUCAGAGAUGCUGUGAGGACAAAACCAAGCUGUGAGAUGUUGCUGACACAAUAUUGCUUUCUAUUGAAAAUGUAUCUUAUUGUUCUUUUAAUGUUUUCAAUGUUAUUUCAAAUGAGUAUAUACUGCUCUCAGUGACUGUAAUAACUUUAUAACAUUUGUGAGAAUAACCUUUUGCAAUAAAAUACAAAAAACAAUGACAAUUACAGUACGUUGCCUUUAUAAUGAUGAUUGGGAGUUAAUUUUAGUGGUGUAACAGGAAGAAGACAAAACUCUGCACUUGACUUUUCCUACUAGCACUGACUUUGCUGAUAGCUUCUUUAUUGAGGAAAAAUGUAAUUACUACGACUGUGAUAUGUAGUUCUCUCACCUAGCUAUCUUAAGAUGAAUGCACUAACUGUGAAUGACUAAAAUGUAAAUGAAAAUGUAACAGCACCUAGUAACUCUGGUGACCCCGUAAAAAAGUCCAGCCAGUGGGCCAUGAUCAUCCUGCUUAAACAGUUGUAGCCCUCUGGCUGGGUAUCAAUAAUGGCAUGGAUAGGCAGAGCUGUGGAUUGGAUGUGGGCGGCAGGUAGCUUAGUGGUUAAGAGCGUUGUGCCAGUAACCGAAAGGUCGCUGGUUCUAAUCCCCGAGCCGACUAGAUGAAAAAUCUGUCGAUGUGCCCUUGAGCAAGGCACUUAACCCUAAUUGCUCAUGUAAGUCGCUCUGGAUAAGAGCGUCUGCUAAAUGACUAAAAUGUAAAUGUGGCAUGGCAUCAUAUUGACCUCUGCAUGAAUACAUUUCCCUGAGAAGUGUAUUGAGGACUUCUUCCCAAGAUAAAUAUCUGUUACACCUUUUAAAUAAGAAGUUUGACUUUACACUUGUGUCAUGGCUUAUUUUAUCACAGGGCACACACAUUUUAUAUUAGCUGAAUGUUUACUGAGAUUUUUUACACAAACAGGACAACCCAUUUGGCUUCCCUAUAUAAAGACUGGGCCAACUCUUAGUUUCUCAUGCAUUGCUUGAUCAAUAGGCAAGUGCAAAGUCAGCAAAAGUCAGAAUUGUGAUGGAUACAUAUUUUUGUCUCAAUCCUCAGGCAUGGAGACCUACUGUAAUGCUACACUGGAGCUCCAUGUUACAGAACUCUGGGAGGAACUAUCUUUAUCCAUCUGAAAACUAGUCCCAGGGAACAUAAACUGAUGGAGGAUAAAUUGAGGGAAGAUAGAUUUUGGGAAGAUAAAGAAAUUAGACUGAGGCCAGAUACAUUGAGGGAAUUACGUACAACAGAAUGAGGGAAGAUCAAGAAAAUAGAUUCAGACAAAAUAGAUUGAGGGAAGAUAAAUUCAGGGAAGAUAAGAGGGAAUCUAUAAAAAGUCUAAGAUGUAGUGGGGGGGGGGGGGGGGGGGGGACAUAAACUGACAUAUGGAAUCGGUCAUACCAUGGUCAUACCAUGGAUCAUUUAGCUAUUUGAUUUAGAAUUUUAGGACCCCUUUAGGUAUAACAAAUAUAUACAAAAAAUAUUUGAUAAAUAGUACCAAAUCCCAUACAAACGCAUUAAAAAUGAAUAAAAUAUUAGGAAAUGGCAAAAAAUAAAGUCCAAAAAUAAAUCAUAAGGAUAACAUUUAUGAAGCGUCUGUCCUAUAUAUCUAGGAGAUAUAAGAAAGCUCAGGAAAUAUUUUUGUUGUUUUGACACAUAUUUAACCCCCUGUUUUGGGUAGGCACAAAACUACCUCCAUACUUCCAUUCAUUUAAUUAAACAGGUACCGGUUACCUUCAGACGAGUCCCGUGACAUUUGUGGGGGUCGUAGAGCAAAACGGAGAACACCAUCGUUUUCGGUAUCGACUUCGGACGUGUUUGUGAGAGUCUCAUCUUUCCUUAGAGUGGUCAUAUUAGUUUUUUAGGCCAAACCGUUCAGACGCUACAGCCGGUUUUCGUGAGAAGACCGAUUUUCUGGAUGUCUCAUGGUCUGACAAACACCGCUGUAGCUCGGCCACCUUCCACCGCAGAUGUGGAAGGCCGACAUAGGCAGAUGUGGUGGAUUGAGAUGCUGCCCAUGCACAAAACAGAUAUCUCUAACUUAAAUUGAUGGAUUUUGAUGGGGAUUUUUUUAUGUUAUCAAAGGUGCGUCAAUAGACUAGGGUGGUUUAAAAGACCUCACAUGUGAUUCAGAUAUAUUGACUAAAAUAAUUUCCGAAAGACAGCCUGAAUCACUUUUUUCUAAAUCUUUUGGAUCUUUUAGAUUAGGAUUCUCUAUGGUUAAUGUUAAGAUAACAACUGCAAGUGAUUGCCGAAUAUCGUGUAGAAGUCUUCCACUCAAAAUCUGAAAUGUCAAGGGCAAGAGAAAUACAACUACUCAUUCAAGGUACAUUGGUAAAAUGCAGAAGUAGAUUCUACAGAAUUUGGUGGUUUAAGAACCUUUUGAAAAUUAAAAAAAAACACAGUAAUCUCCGUAUUUAGUCACCAUCAAUUUCCUGUCUUUACCCACUGUCUAUGAACUUCUUACAUAUUUAGCUAAAAGCAGUCUAUUCUUCUUCCUCCACAGCCCCAGUGUCCUAUCCUCAGCUAUCCUCUGAGUGUCUGUCCGAUGGAGAGAUGAGGGUGUCCUGCUCCUCUGAGGGUGAUGCUCCCCAGUACAGCUGGACUCUGGACAGACAGAUGCUGAGAGACACUGAGGACUGUCCAUGUUACAAAAGAAGCACCAUCACUCUGAGGAAUGGCCUGCCUGGAGAUCUCACCUGUACC